AAAUCUUCAGCAACGAAGAGUCAGACGUUUAUGAGCCAAGAGCAGCAGGGGACGUCUCCGAUGAACACAGACGUAGCCUUGAAGAGUCAUCAUUGGUUCUGGCAAAACCCAAAUUACCUUGAAAGUACUCUGUCUAGAAGAUAUCAGAGUAACUUUUCGCUUGGCUCACAAAGAUUCUCUGGCCAGUUUCUGAUGAUCCCUAACCCUGGAUUUGUCGACAUAAGUUCGAUGACAAAUAGUCAGGAUACCAAUCCAAAGAUUAUCUUGAAAGAGGAAAAAGAAAAUGAGGAGCAACAGUACUGGACCAUCAAGAAGGAACUGACCAAGAGCGAUGUUGCCUAUGUUACUUGCCGCCGACUUACUCUGUCAAAAAGCUCUGUUGAGGAGCACAUUCUGAAACAUCUCCUUCCAGAAGAUUCCAAAAAGAUAGACAAAGGCAAGCCCGGAAUCACGGUUAAGGUGUACGACCACGAUACAGACACUGAGCACGAGCUGUGUCUAGCAUUCCAGCGUAGCUAUGUUCUAAAGAAUGGUUGGGUUAAAACAUUUAUCAAAAGGAGAGGGUUGGAGGAAGGAGACACUAUUGGUCUCUUCUGGGAAUGCUCUACUUAUAAGCUUCAUUUUAGUGUGCUUUCUCGUGUAAACACAAAAGCUCCAGCAUAAGAAAAAGAAGCUAUUAAUCCAGUAAUCAGUACUCCAAUGUAUUAAGAGUUGCUGCAUUUUGUGAUCUCAUUCAGAAACGCUUAUUACCAAGUUGAAGAGUAAGUUUUUUUUUCUUGUCAAACAGUGAUUAGUGUUGUUUAUGAUACAUGUUUAGCAGUUUAGGUAUCCAACUUAGAAUUAAUUGAUGUGUUGUAA